GCUAGGUGGUGCAUGUAUGUUAUUUUUAGCGCAUUUUGCAUUAUUUUGUUUUUUGUUUACUUUUUCUUUCGGUUUCAGCCAUGUGUUGUCCAAAAAACGAUGAAAAUAAAGCAUCUUUCAUACAUCCUGCUCUAUGAAGAAUCUCCUUAAAAUGGCAUGUUCAUCUAUUUUAACACCACCCGCUGCCGUCCGAGGAAUGAAGGUCCUAGAAAAGGCUGCUUUUGCCAAGAAAAUCUGCGUGCCCUGCUUCACAAUAAAAACAUCAACAAUGGAUCUGGCGAGGAAGGCCCUGAAACCCUAUCUGCUGAAGCUGGAGAAAUUCCAGCCAGUCCUCGACUAUCCGGGAGAUCCGACCCAAAAGAAGGUUCUUCUUAAUCCUGAAACCGUAAAUUCAUUGGAGGAUCUCAAAGAGAAUGAUAGAAACAAAAUCAAGGAACUGGGACACAAAUUGGAAUCAACUGAGAUUGAGGUUGGCUUUGACAAUUGGCGCAGUGACCAAAUUCUUCGGGCUGUUCUUCCUGAAGGGGAAGAAGGUUCAAAGGGGUACACAAUCAUUGGACACAUUCUACACUUAAAUUUACGCGAACACCUCAUUCCCUUCAAAGGUCUUAUUGCAAAGGUACUGCUGGAGAAAACCAAGAACAUUCGAACAGUGGUCAACAAAGUGGACAACAUAGAAAACACUUAUCGAAACUUUCAGAUGGAGGUGCUUGCUGGUGACAACGACCUGGUUACCUCUGUCAAGGAAAACAACUGCCAGUUCCACUUAGACUUUGGCUUAGUCUACUGGAACUCCAGAUUGUCUACAGAGCACAGCAGAAUCACUGAUAAAAUUAAAACCACGGAUGUUAUUUAUGACAUUUUUGCUGGAAUAGGUCCUUUUGCUAUUCCAGCAGCUUUGAAAGGUGCCAGGGUCAUGGCAAACGACCUCAAUCCAGAGUCCUUCAAGUGGCUGGAGCACAAUGUCAAGGUCAACAAAGCCGAACGAAGAGGAGGAAGUGUCAGGUGUUUCAAUAAAGACGGCAGAGAAUUUAUUCUGUCGGAUGUCAAGGACGAUCUGGAGCAAGUGUUAAAAAGUGAUGCCCCAGUCUCAAAAGUUCACAUUGUGAUGAAUCUGCCAGCAAUUGCUUCAACGUUUUUAGACGCCCUCAGAGGACUUGUGAACAAUUCAUGUGCAGAAUCAAAUAUCCCAGUAAUAGUUCAUGUUUAUUGCUUUGCAAGGGACUUUGAGCCAGAAAAAUUGGCUUUAGAACUUAUUGAGAAGGACGCUGGAUUCAAACUGGGGGGAAAUCUAAUUGAACUAAAAAUAGUGCGGAAAGUAGCUCCUAGUAAGCAUAUGGUGUGCGUUUCAUUUAGCUAUCCUUUGAGUAAGCUCUGUGGGGAGGGUGAAGAGGAGCCUGUUAAAAAGAAACCAUGCCUUGAAUAAAUAAAAAUCAUGUUUUAUAAAAUAUGUUCCGAUUUUUUUCGCAUUCAUUUAUUUUUUCUUAAUGAUCCACACGCUUAUUUUUUAAAAUUCAGCAAACUUUAAUUUUAAAUUAUGUAAACAUAAUUUUUAUGUUGGCCAUUCAUUUCAGUAUGACAUUUUCAAUAAAGAUGGUUGUUCAACAAUAAUAUGUAUG